CAUGGCCACCGCUCAUGAUGCCGUCGAUCGAUGGGCGUGAGGCCGCUGCGAAUCGCGGGAGCGGCGGGACGGCCGCGGUGCCUCCACGUCGCGACGAUCGGGGCCAGGAUCGGACGCCGCUCGCGGCCCGCGCCCAUGACCACGCAAACUGCACGUGUACGAUACGGGGGGACGUGGGGAGCGGAAAAGAUCUCACCACCGAGCGCCCACCUCGCGAGCUGGCUAGCUCGGUCGUCGUCUUUAAAUACGCGCCCGGGCGAGGAGAAGCACACCACGCUGCCUCGCCGUCGUUGGUCGUCCAUCGUCUCGUCUCUCCCGGCUGCGAGUCUAGAAGAGCGCGCGACGCAACCCCGCCUCACCCUACGUGCGAGAGCGAGAGAGUGCUGAGGCUGGCGGAGAUGUGCGGCGCGACGGCGAGGUGCGCGCUGUGCGGCGCGCCGGCGGACGUGCACUGCGCGGCCGACGCGGCGUUCCUCUGCGCGCCCUGCGACGCCAGGGUCCACGGCGCCAACUUCCUCGCCUCCCGCCACCGCCGCACGCGCCUCGCUGCGUCUAAGGAGGACGAGGAGGAACAGGAGGCCCUGUCCGGGAUGACCACGUCGAGCUCAUGCGUGUCCACGGCCGACUCUGCGACGACAACGACUCCGGCGCCGGUGGGGCGGAGGCCCAAGAUCAGGAGCAGCCCCCGCGCGCGGGGCGAGGAGGUGCUCGAGGGGUGGGCCAAGAAGAUGGGCCUUCCGGCGGGGGUGGCGCGCAGGCGCGCCGCGGCGGCCGCGCGCACGCUCCGGGCCGUGGCCGCGGCGCCGAGGAAGGUGCCGCUGCGCGUCGCGAUGGCGGCCGCGCUGUGCCUGGAGGUGAUGGCGGCUCACGUCGGCGGCGCCCACGAGGCCGGCAGCGCGCUCCGGCGGCUGGAGGCGUGCGCGCACGUGCCGGCGAGGGUGCUCGUGGAGGUGGCCUCGUCCAUGGGCCGCGCGCGCGCCAGCAGACCGGCCGCCGCCGUGGACGCCGAGGAGGGCUGGGGCGAGUGCCCGUGAUCCAACACACGAUCUCCUCCAACAACACAUGACCCGUGACUCUCAUGAGAAGGCGGCUAAUUAAGCUUUCUCGUUCGUUAAUUUAGUAGUAGUACUCCGUAGUAUAUUUCUAGAGAGUCGAGUAAAAGUUGAUCAAAUCUUGUUGUUAGUUAGAAGGAUAGCACUGUACGAUGUAAUCCAAAUGGAUGGUGUCGGCCAUGGCAGCAAAGUGGAUCACAUGUUGUUCAGUAGCAUACUUGUUAGUAAUUUAGCUGGACUGAUUAGGCUUCUGCAUUAGUGAUGGAUCUCUCGACAAUAUGUAGAAUGGUUUAUAUACUCGCAAAAAGAAUGUAGGAUGGUUUAUGCAUGAAACUAUUGUCAUUU